AUGGCCCAAGCUGCCAGAGCGCUACGGAAGGCCAUCUUGGAAGACAAGACUCCACCUCUCCAAAACCUCCCUGCUGGCCACAUAUGGAAGUACAGCAAAGCAAUUGGCGGAGGUGCCCAAGGAAAAGCCCAUCUCUGGGUCCACCUCGACGAAACCCAAAAAGUCAUCGACCGCAUUGUGAUCAAGAACUUUAUAGCAGAGUCCAAGUACGCCAUCGCUGAAGAUGCUCCGGCAGGCCGAAUACCCACAGAAGCUUACAUCAGUCAACUGCUGGUACCAGAUGACUCCAAAUAUUUCUACACUGUACCUAUACUAGCUUGUCAGCCUAUCUCGGACUCUACCGGUGGUUGGCGCACCUACUCUCCNUACUACAGUCUCGGCAACUUCGAAAACCUGGUCAACAGACAUACAAAAGACUUUCCCUUACCAGAACCCUUCCUCUGGUUCUUCUUCCUCCGUAUGGCAAAAGCCGUUGUAGCAAUGGACGAAACACUCCGCAAAGAUGCCAAAGGUCCUGUUAUCGUGCACAACGACAUAAAGCCUGACAAUAUCUUUUUAGGCAGUCCAGGUUCACUUGGCAAAGAUGCUGAUUUUGUCAUGUAUCCUCCUGCUUAUCUUGGUGAUUCUGGACUUGCAUUUACCACUUGCUUGGGCGAGAAUAGAUCUGGGCAACCGGGAGGUGCGUUUGGGUGGUGGCCUCCUGAACACCAUACUACUGAAGCAUUUCGCGGACAUCCAUUUUCGUUUACUAACAUCUGGCAAAUUGGCUUCACUAUCCUCUGCGCAAUGACAGGCAACACAGAACCUGAACAAUCCGCCGCUGACCAAAUCCUCCGCUUCUACACCACUAAAUGGCAGGCCCUUAUAGACGAAGGAGCAUUCGCUGGUUAUAGCGAUGAUCUGCUCGGCAUAGUACACGCUUGCCUACUCUGCAAUCCUUCCGAUCGCAUCGAUCCCCAAUCUCUGCUUUUUCUAGUCGAGACUUCGAUGUCUAAGCAUAUAGACAAUAUGCAGCGUUGGGGCACAAAAAGCUGGAUCACGACUAAACACAAUCAGACUUUGGAGGACGAUCCGAAGCAUCCAAGCGAUGCAUCUAGAGAUCCAGAAGAUGAAGAACCAGAAGAUGGAGAAACAGAAAACGACGACUUACACAACGACCAAACCCCCUUCUACCCAACGCCAACAAGCAUCCGUAAACGCAAGCUAUCAGGUCCCUCGCCUACUCCGAAACGCCUAAAAGGCAAAACGGCCGCAUCACACGAGACAUUGCAGAGAAGAUAUGCCUUAGUCGCAAAACAGAUACAACUAGGCAAGACUACACAACCCCUAGACGCCUACUCUGACGACACCGAAUUUAUCCUCACAAAUGAGUUCAAAGUCAAAUACUCUAGGGACGAAGAAUUUGAUCUUGAGAUGUUUUUUGUGGGUCCUGAUCCAGCGACGAUCAAGUAUAUGGGAGCAGCUCAACCUUCGACUAAGGCUAGAGAUGAUGCGAUGUCUACUUCGGCAGGAGCUGGCGAUGUUUCUACCUCUGGGCCUACGAUUAAGACUGCGGGUGGGAAAGAGAUUCCUUACGUUGAUCUCGAAUGA